GCAGCUCCUUGAACGAACCAAUCACAGGGGCGCUUCAGGCAUUUAAACCGUGUGGCGUCUACGUCACGAAAUUCAAAAAGAGAGAGAGAGAAACGGCCAGUGGUGCUACAGAGUGAUACACGGUUUUCUUGACGAGAUCGUGUGAAAACCUGGACAAAAUGGCGCAGUUCGGGUUUGAGAACGACGUCCACAGUAUCUUGAAGCUGGACAUGCCCAUCACAAACGCUCCCAUGGCGAGGUGGCAGAGAAAGGCCAGUUCAUCAAACACCUCGUCCGUGAGCGGCCUGUCGCCUGGCAAGUCUGCCAAUGUGUCGCUGAGCUCGUCAAAAACGCCGAGCAAAACACCAGGCAAAAAUAAAAAACAAACUCCCUCUAAGACAGGGGCCGACCGCUUCAUUCCCACCAGAAACAGCAAACAAAUGGAUGUGGCAAAUUUCCUGCUCACAAAGGAGAAUGAGCCUGUGGACACAAACAACGCAGCAGGAACAUCUGAAAACCAAAAAGCCUGGUCUUUGUCACUAAAUGGAUACAACAUAGAAGAUGCCAAGAUCCUGCACCUUGGAGGGAAGCCACUGAAUGCCCCAGAAGGCUACCAGAACAACUUGAAAGUCCUCUACAGUCAGGCAACAACUCCUGCCUCUGUCAAAAAGACAAGAUACAUUUCCUCAGCUCCCGACAGAAUCUUGGAUGCUCCUGAGAUUCGAAAUGAUUUUUAUUUGAAUCUUCUUGACUGGAGCAGUCGAAAUGUUCUUGCUGUAGCGCUUCAUAACAGUGUUUACUUGUGGGAUGCCACUCAAGGAGACGUUACUCUCCUCAUGAAGUUGGAGCGUGAGGAGGACUACAUCUGCUCAGUGUCCUGGACCAAAGAGGGGAGCUACCUUGCUAUCGGCACUCGUGACUGCAAAGUUCAGUUGUGGGAUGUUGAAAACCAGAAGCGUCUGCGCAGCAUGGCCAGCCAUACAGCCAGGGUUGGUAGCCUGAGCUGGAAUGACCAUGUCCUGUCCAGUGGCUCACGAUCAGGGCACAUCCACCAUCAUGAUGUGAGGGUGGCAGAACAUCACAUUGCCACACUCACUGGUCACUCGCAGGAGGUGUGCGGGCUAAAGUGGUCUCCCGAUGGGCGAUACCUGGCCAGUGGAGGCAAUGACAACUUGGUGUGUGUAUGGCCCCGUGUGCAGGAGGGCAGCGUCAGCAACAACAGCCAGGCGGUCCGCUGCUGGAGUGAACAUCAAGGAGCUGUCAAGGCUUUGGCCUGGUGUCCAUGGCAGCCAAAUAUCCUGGCAUCUGGAGGUGGUACCAGUGACCGUCACAUCCGCAUCUGGAAUGUAAACAGUGGCUCCUGCAUCAGCUCCCUUGACACUCAGUCCCAGAUCUCAUCAAUGGUGUUUGCACCCAACUACAAGGAGCUGGUCUCUGCCCAUGGCUAUGUCCACAACAAUGUUGUUAUCUGGAAGUACCCCUCUCUCACCAGGGUUGCAGAGCUCAAUGGCCACGAGGACAGAGUUCUCAGUUUGACCAUGAGUCCAGACUGCUCUUCCAUUGCAACUGUUGCUGGAGACGAGACUAUUCGUCUAUGGAAGGGCUUCGAAGUGGAUCCUCUUAAGAAGGCCAAACAGAAGAUGAUCAAAUCAACUAGCGGUGUCAUUCAACAGUCAAUCAGAUAAUCUGUCUUGACUUUUGAGGUUAAAAUCUAUGCUAAAUGAGUUAUGUGCAAAUGUUUUAUUUAAUCCACAAUAAAGAUUUCCACCCAGUGUUUUAGCCUUAAAUGGAAACUUACUGCACUGAUUGCAUGGUCGUGUAAUGGGUCGUUAGUCUUAAUCAUUAUACUGGUCUAAUGUGGUAAAGUACAAGUGUUGAAUGUUGGCUUUUAAGCUGUAUUAUAUUUUUAUUUUAAAGAAGUGUAUUUAAGACCUUCACUUGGCUUUUAUUGCAUAAUCAAGAUGCAUUGUAUACAGUAGACUGGAUUACAAAUAAAUAGUUUGUUUACCGUACG